UGAUAGACUUCGCACAUUCCUAAUUUUUAAACGUUUAUAAGCGUUAUCAGUUUCCAAAGCAAGUAGAGAAAAAAGUGCAUGUAUACAGAAGAGUUAUAUGAAUGACAGUUAAAAGUUUUUGAAUCGUCAUGAUUGAAAGCCAUUCUGGGUUAUGUAGUUCAGUAAAGGAAACCAUUUCUAACCCUCAGACUUCAGAAGAAGAGAAAACUGAGAAAACUGAGACGCCAGCAAGUCAGGAGAUUGUGAGUCCUGAAACAUACGUUAAGCAUCCAUUACAAAACAGGUGGGCACUCUGGUUCUUUAAAAAUGACAAAAGUAAAACUUGGCAAGCAAAUCUUCGUCUGAUCUCAAAGUUUGAUACUGUUGAAGAUUUUUGGGCGUUAUAUAACCAUAUUCAGCUCUCUAGUAAUUUAAUGCCUGGUUGUGAUUACUCACUUUUUAAGGAUGGUAUUGAACCCAUGUGGGAAGAUGAGAAGAAUAAACGGGGAGGGAGAUGGCUAAUUACACUAAACAAGCAGCAGAGACGAAGUGAUCUUGAUCGCUUCUGGCUAGAGACACUGCUGUGCCUUAUUGGAGAAUCCUUUGAUGACUACAGUGAUGAUGUAUGUGGAGCUGUUGUUAAUGUUAGAACCAAGGGGGAUAAAAUAGCAAUAUGGACUACUGAAUGUGAAAACAGAGAUGCUGUUACACAUAUAGGGAGAGUAUACAAGGAAAGGUUAGGACUUCCUCAAAAGAUAGUGAUUGGUUAUCAGUCCCAUGCUGACACAGCUACUAAAAGUGGUUCCACCACUAAAAAUAGGUUUGUUGUUUAAGAAGACACCUUCAGAGUAUUUCAUAGGAGACUGCGUCAAGCAAUCGAGAUUUGGGAGCUGAACCAAAGCCUCUAUAAAAGCAGAGUGGACUGCAUUUAAAUCUGAUUUCCAUCUAAAUGUUGCUAAAUUUGUGAAACUCUCAUUUGCUUUGUCUUGUACUUCUGUUUUCUUCCUCACCCCCACCCCACCCCAUUUUUUGGCUGAAGGUAACCUUUUCCAAUCAAAGAAUUUCAGUGCAACAUUUGUCCCUCAAAUCCAUAUAUGUCUCCCUAACCCAUUCUCUGAUGCUUCUUAAGAAAAUAACUAUUAUAUUAAAAAAUAUCCUGAAAACAGUGCCAUUUCUACAGGGGAAUAAACUACUACUUUUUCAUCUUUUCACUGUAUGCAAUAACAUGUUUUGCUGGUUUGAAAGAAAAGUAUGAUGCAUACAUUUUUCUAGCAAAUCUUUCUUUAUACAGCAUGAUCAUUGCUGUAAUUGAUGCUGAUGGCUGCUAGAUUUAAUUUAUUUGUUUCCCUUUUCUGAUAACAUUAGUGAUAUUCUGAUUUCAGUUCUUGCUCAUGUAACAUUGGUGAAGGAUCUGGGAAUAUGACAAAAGGUUUAAUAAACAUAAUUUUGUGCAUUCUAUGGUAAUUAUUUUGUAAUAUCAAAGCUUUGCUACAAAUUUCAUGCAUUUCAAGUCAAAUCAGUGAUAUGUUUGUGUGAUUUCCUGAACAUAAUUGUGGAUUUUAAAAAAUGUUAACACCAGAAUUACAUUCCUUACUAGAAAUAGUAUUCCUGUUUUUUGUAUUUUAUGCUGUAUUUUAACACUUUGUAUUCCUUAGGUUAAAUUUUGCUUUGGUUUAAGUACGGCUCAAAUAGAAAAGCAGUCCCAUUCAUAUUAAGACAGUGUACAAAACUGUAAAUAAAAUGUGUACAGUGAAUUGUCUUUUAGACAA